AUGGUGCUGCUGGAUGGAGCCUGGGAGCCGACGCUGGCGAGGCAGGCGUCGAAGCUAGACCAGCCGACCAGCAUCCACCACUGGCAGCUGCGGGACCUGGUUUCCUGCGAUGACGCGGGGUCGAUUUACUCCGUGUACAAGAACACCACGGUUCGGUGCAGCAUAGCGACGGGCAAGUCUUCUAUCGUGCAAACCUUGCGCUUCAAUCCCAAUUGCAUGACUGUCGACCACGGGUACAUUGCCGCUGGGGGGCCAAGCAGCCAGAUUGACAUCAAGAAGGUGAAGGAUGAAGAGGAUGUGUACAGUGGACAGGUUGGAGGCAUCAUCAACAACUCCCUGAGGAUUGCAGAGGGACCAAUAGGUCUUUUGCUCUUUGUGUGCAACAAUGAUGAAACCAUCAAGGUCUUCUCACUGCCAUCCAUGGACCAAUAUGCAACUCUUGAGUUCCAAGAGUCGAUGAACUACUCAGCUGUGAGUCAUGACUGCCACUGGCUAGUUGGCGUUGGAGACAGCCCUGCUGUGUAUCUGUAUGAGGCAACAGCCACAGGCUACAGACGAACGCAGGAGUUGAAAGAGUACAGUGAUGUGGGCAUGUGCUGCGCUUGGGACUCAAAGGGGGUCCGUUUUGCAGCUGCAAGUCAGGAUGGCACAACGUGCGUGUGGGACAGACGCACAAGCAAGCCAGUGGUUCGGUUCAAGUGCAGUGCCCCCUGCCGCAGUGUCAAAUUCAGCACUGCACCAAUGGACCUGAUGAUGUUUGCUGAGGAAACAAAUGUUGUGCAUCUUGUGGACAUCCGGAAGUGGAAUCAGCAGCAACUGCUGAGGAUGCAGGGCAAUUCCGAGGCAGAGAUCUCAGGGGUGUGCUUCCUGCCAGACGCUACAAAACUCUUUGUGGGGCUGAAGGAUGCAAUCAUGGUGUAUGACGUCGACACUGUGGCUCGGAGACGAUUUUCUGAGGGUUCUUUAAUAUAG